AUGCGUUUCAGUACUGUUGCAGCUUUAGCAUUUGGUGCCUCCCAGGUUGCUGCCAUCGGUGAGUUGGCUUUCAACCUUGGUGUCAAGAACAAUGACGGUACCUGUAAGACUACUAACGACUACGAAAACGAUCUGAAGGUCUUGAAGAGCUACACUUCCACUGUCAAGGUGUAUGCUGCUUCAGACUGUAACACUUUGGAAAACUUGGGUCCUGCUGCCGAGGCUGAAGGUUUCAACAUCUUCUUGGGUAUCUGGCCAAACGAUGAGGCUCACUUCCAAGCUGAGAAGAACGCUCUGUCCAGUUUCUUGCCUAACUUGAAGUCCUCCACCAUCGCCGGUUUCUUGGUCGGUUCCGAAGCUCUAUACCGUGACGACUUGACCGCCUCCCAACUGGCUGACAAGAUCAACGACAUCAGAAACUAUGUCUCCAACAUCAAAGACUCUCAAGGUAACUCCUACUCCGGUAAGCAAGUCGGUACCGUCGACUCCUGGAAUGUCUUGGUCGCUGGUUACAACGCCCCAGUCAUCACUGCCAGUGACUUCGUCAUGGCUAACGCUUUCUCCUACUGGCAAGGUCAAACUAUGCAAAACGCUUCUUACUCUUUCUUCGACGACAUUAUGCAAGCUUUGCAAACCAUCCAAGGUGUUAAGGGCUCUACUGACAUCACUUUCUGGGUCGGUGAAACUGGCUGGCCAACCGAUGGUACUAACUUCGAAGCCUCUUACCCAUCUGUCGACAACGCUAAGCAAUUCUGGAAGGAAGGUAUCUGUGCUAUGAGAGCCUGGGGUGUUAACGUCAUCGUUUUUGAAGCAUUCGAUGAAGACUGGAAGCCAAACACCUCUGGUACUUCUGAUGUUGAAAAGCACUGGGGUGUCUGGACCUCUGGUGACAACUUGAAGUACUCUUUGGACUGUAGCUUCAACUAA